UACACCUCUUUUUUUUUCUGGGCCCGUUGCAGCAUUUAUCCCCGCCACGGCUCCACUUUGUUCCGUUUGAUGGUUCGCAUCUUGGAGAGGAGGAUGAAGCUGCUGUUUGCUGCCGCGAUCAUUGCCGGCUCGGUGAUAUUUCUGCUGUUCCCCGGCGGGUCCGUUGCGGACGAGAAGAAGAAAGGCCCGAAAGUCACAGCCAAGGUCUAUUUUGACAUCCGGAUCGGAGAUGAGGAUGUUGGGCGGGUAGUAAUCGGACUGUUUGGGAAAACUGUCCCAAAGACGGUUGAGAACUUCAUCGCCUUGGCAACCGGAGAGAAAGGUUUUGGGUACAAGAACAGGAAGUUUCACCGUGUGAUCAAGGACUUCAUGAUCCAGGGUGGAGAUUUCACCAGAGGCGAUGGCACAGGGGGCAAGAGCAUCUAUGGGGAUCGUUUUCCUGAUGAGAACUUCAAGCUGAAGCACUACGGACCAGGCUGGCUGAGCAUGGCCAAUGCUGGAAAAGACACCAACGGCUCCCAGUUCUUCAUCACCACAGUCCAGACCCCCUGGCUGGAUGGGAAGCACGUGGUCUUUGGGAAAAUCCUGGAAGGCAUGGACGUUGUGAGGAAAAUCGAGUCCACUAAGACAGACGGCCGGGACAAGCCGCUUAAAGAUGUGAUCAUUCACGACUGUGGCAAAAUAGAUGUGGAAAAACCAUUUGCUGUUGCAAAGGAGUAACCAAAAAUAGGGGUUGGGGUUUUUUAAAAGGAAUUCCUGUGUGAGCUGUCACCGCCAGCCCUAUCCUGUGUGCAAGCUCCGCUGCCCAGCACAGCUGAGAAGGACGUCAUCUUUCGCUGUACUACUGCACUGCAGCACUGCCUGACCAACGACAUCCUGGAUCGCUUCCCGAGGCAUUCCUUCUGGGGCUUUCCCCAGCGGUCACUACUUUUUUUGUAAAAAACAAACCGUAAAAUAAAGGAUCAAAAUUUUGUUAAAUUA